AGGGGCAGCCGUGGGUCCGGCAGCUCCGCGGAAACCUAAGCCGGGGUCCUCGCUGCUCCCCGCCCCUUCUCUCCCCCGGCCGCUCAGCUACCGACGCCAUGAGUGAAGCAGCCGUAACUAUCCGCACGCGGAAGUUCAUGACGAACCGCCUUCUGCAGCGCAAGCAGAUGGUGGUUGAUGUCCUCCACCCGGGCAAGGCGACGGUGCCCAAGACAGAGGUGCGCGAGAAGCUCGCCAAGCUGUACAAGACCACGAUGGACGUGGUCUUCGUCUACGGCUUCCGCACGCAGUUCGGAGGCGGCAAGACCACGGGCUUUGGCAUGAUCUACGACACUCUCGACUUCGCCAAGAAGAACGAGCCCAAGCACCGUCUCGUCAGGCACGGGCUGCUGGAGCGCAAGAAGACAUCCCGCAAGCAGCGAAAGGAACGCAAGAACCGUCAGAAGAAAGUCCGCGGCACGGCCAAGGCUGCUGUCGGCGCCGCUGCCAAGAAGAAGUAGCGGCGAGGUGGCUACAGAAGGACUAAGCAUCCUGGCUGUCCGUUUGUCAAGACUUUUGACACGGUUGUACAUUGCAAAAUAAAACACCCGAAGCUGGA